UAAGUAGGAGGAUCAGAGGCAGACUCUGAAUCAUUCAUCAUUACCCACCAUUCUCCCGGUCUCCAUUCAGAACCUAGACUACUGCCUCGGCCUCCAGUUCUGCAGUUCUCGCCUGAAAUCUUCUGUCCGCGAGCUCGCACUGCCCACCAGUCUCUCUCUCUCCUUGGUAGCAGAGGAGCAACAUGAAGCAAAAGAUGGUGAUCAGGGUGCACAUGACCUGCGACAAAUGCCGGUCCAAGGCAAUGGGCUUGGUGGCCUCCAUAUACGGAGUGGAGCGUGUGGAGAUACAAGGCGAUGACAGGGACCGGCUGGCGGUGGUCGGAGAUGGGGUGGACGCCGCCAACCUGACGGCCUGCCUGCGGAAGAAGGUCGGGAACGCGGACCUCCUCACGGUGGAGGCGGUCGUUCCCGAGAAGAAGCCGGCACCGGCAUCGGAGGCCACCGAGGCUCCGUGGUAUCCCGGCUACUACUCCUGGCCGGCAGGGGCCUACUCCCACUGCUAUCCGUACACGUACAGCAUGUAAUCUCUUGUAUGUCUGCGGUAUUAUGGAAGAUUGAUCCAU